GAAACACCCAUUACAAAACAGCAUGUACUAUUAGCUAACACUCUGUAGUAGCAAGAAAAGGGAACGUACAAAACAGCUGGGUGAUUGCCUUGAAAUGUAGCGUUUUAACUCAAUAGUUAAUGCAAGAGUCUGUACUUAUUUAUUUUAAACCCGCGUGCUGUCUGUUUCACCAGACGGUUUAGGCGAGAAUCCUACGGAACUUGAGACCCUGCGGAACAUCUCGAGAAGACGACGUUGCUACGUGCUAGGCUAGCUAGCUACCUACUUGGGGUGCGUGUUGAGGGACAGAUAAUAACAAAAUAUUGAAUAUUGUUUUAAGCUAGCUAGCCAGAUUAUUCAAUAAUGCCCAGCAAAAAGAAGAAAUACAACGCCAGAUUUCCACCGGCAAGGAUUAAGAAGAUUAUGCAGACUGAUGAAGAAAUAGGCAAAGUGGCUGCAGCAGUUCCUGUCAUCAUAUCACGAGCCCUGGAGCUGUUCCUGGAGUCCCUCCUGACAAAAGCCUGUCAAGUCACCCAGUCCCGGAACGCCAAAACCAUGACGACAUCACAUUUAAAGCAAUGCAUUGAGCUGGAGCAGCAGUUUGACUUCCUGAAGGACCUGGUGGCGGCAGUGCCGGACAUGCAGGGUGAGGGAGAGGAGAACCACGCCGAAGGAGGAGAGAAGGUGGCCCGCAGAGGUCGAAAGCCGGGGUCAGGCCGCAAGAAUGGAGGAGCAGGCUCUAAAGGCAAGGACAAGAAGCUAUCAGGAACGGAGUCUGAGCAAGAGGAUGACUCAGAGGACAGCGAGACAGACGGAGAUGAGGAGGAUGGUUCUCAGUCAAGCACAAACCUUCAACCUCAGUCACGAUUCCACAGCCCAGACUCCAUGCCACCCCAGUACCUCCACAUGGGCACAGCACAGGGGGCUCUGGCCAUGCCCCUGGGCUCCUUUGCCCCCCACCCCUCGCUGAUUGGCACGGCGGCCCCGCCUCCGCCCUCUAUGCCGCACAAAGACGAAGACGACGACGACGAAGACUAUGACUCUUAGCUCCCCCCCCCCCCCCCCCGCGCUUUGACCUUUAAUUUUCCUCUUAAGUUGUUCUCUGGCGCGGCUACAUUGGCAGGGGAGGUGUGUCUAACAUGUAGCCCGUGGUUACGGGAGAGCCUCCUGACAACCGACCGUAAGGCACCUAGACACGACAGCCGUCACGGCGGAACACCAGUGAUCGGUCAUAUAUUGUGUUUUAAUUAUUCAUUUUUUAUUUUUUUUUAUUUUUUUUGGUUUUUAUUCUUAUUUUAUUGUGGAGAAAAUUUGAACCGUGUUGUUUUAUAAGACGGGUGGUUGCUCGAUUUGGACCGCCAAAACAAAUAGCAGUUGGUGUUUUGAAAAAGGCCCUGACCGGGCCAGUCCAACGACAAAUUUGAUUAUGAAGCCGUCGUCACCCCCCCCCCCACCCGCCCAUUUGGAGGUUAGACUUUAGUUAUUCUCUCGUGUGUCUCUCAGUUGUCUGUCUCACAGUGGUGUUCAGAGAAUAUAUCACUCCAGUUGUCAUUUCUGUUUUCAACCUCUUCUCAUGUACAGCUGAGAUCCACAAACUUCAACAUCCUACACAUCAUUUCUUGUGGAAGACCGCGCACAUAGACAUCUACUCAAAAUUACUUCAGAGCAGCAGUUGGUAGUAUUUUAAAAGUGAUGAGCACUUGCCUAUAGGGAAGGUAAAUGGGAUUAUUGUCUUUGAGGAUGACCAGGAAACAGUGGUUAAAUCGUGGUCUUGCACUACGGCGUGGUCUCCAUUUCCAACUAGUCCAAUUGUUGGGCUACGUAAGCCUUCUGAACGAAUUGGUUGUGAGAUGUAUUUUACUGCGGAUCAUGAAUUCUUCUGGAAGGGACUGCUGUGUGAAGCACACCCCCCCCCCCCCCCCUUUUCCAUUAGUCUUUAUGCUGGUAAUAUAUCCUCAUGAAGACCUUGGCCGUAAACCUCAACCAUAUUCACAUAGAAUUACGCUAAGGAGCGCACCAAUUGGAUGUUCUCUUGCAAUUUUGAGUGAUUGUUUUGACUGUGUUGUUUUGUACUCCCUCCUCCCAAACAACCGUCUCCCUGUUGAAGACCGAAGUGUCUAGACUGACUCUUAACAGACAGGCACUGUCUCUGCUCCUGGACCAUAACUUU